UUGAUGACAGUUUCGACCCUUAAAUUUGACCGAUCCAUAUCUUAUUUCUUCUACUGAUUCAAAAUCAUUCCGUUUAGAAAAUAUAUAUACAUUAAUAGUUAUUAAAAUGCCUGUUCAAGCGAAAAUAGGUCCAUCAAUAUUGAAUGCUGAUUUAGCUGACUUGGCUAACGAAUCGCAAAAACUGCUAGAUAAUGGUGCAGAUUAUCUCCAUCUUGAUGUAAUGGAUGGUCACUUUGUACCAAAUCUUACUUUUGGUCACUCGCUAGUCAAGUGCUUAAGGAAUAAAAUUAAGAAAGAUUUUUUCGAAACUCAUAUGAUGGUGUCCCGCCCCCAGCAAUGGAUUGAACCUAUGGCUGAUGCCGGUGUAAAUCUUUAUACAUUCCAUAUAGAACCAGUUAUGGAAGAAGUUGCAAAUGUUUGCCGAAAAGUACGUGAGUCAGGAAUGAAAGUAGGAUUAGCUCUGAAGCCAGGCACUGAGGUUCAAGUAGUUGAACGAUACGUUGAUAUGGCCGAUGUUGUUCUAGUUAUGACUGUUGAACCGGGAUUUGGAGGACAAUCUUUUAUGGCAAAUAUGAUGCCAAAAGUGGAACGGCUACGUAAUCAUUACCCUAAUCUAGACAUAGAGGUGGACGGGGGAGUUGGUCCAAAUACAAUAGAAACUUGUGCGAAAGCUGGCGCGAAUAUGAUUGUGUCUGGAACAGCUGUUAUACAAGCUCCUAAUCAGCGGGAUGUUAUAAACUUGCUCAGAAACACGGUUCAAAAAUACACAAGCGAUGCAUGCACACAUGUACACUAAUAAUGUGACGGGUUGCUCUCAAAUAUUUGGGAAAUUAAUUGUGACAUCUGUCUCAUAAAUGUGAGACGCGCUUGCGGAACAAUGUACAUAUGUUAUUUUUACAAAUAUACUAUUAAUAUGGCUUGUUGUUUUUCA